GCCCCGCCGCCAGAGGCUGUCGCAGGAGCCAGGCGUGGAUUGGUAUGUGGGUAUGUCGGCCUCUCUUCAUAGGCCGCGCAGGAUUGCUCGAGAGGCUUUGAUUGGCUCAACAGGCGCUGAGCGUUCAUUGGCUGCGCUGGGUCGUCAGGGCGACGAAAAAGGGGAAGGGGUGCUGGGCCUGGCGGGCAAACUAAGGCUGCGGACUGUUGGGCGGUUCCGCGGGGCGUUGUCCGGAGAGCUGCGAGGCCGGGGUUCCCAGGGUUCACGCCACACUCUAGGAAGUGCCUGAGCUAGUGAGCUGGCCAACGAGCUCCGCGGGCUGGGACCAUGGGCUGCUUCUUCUCCAAGAGACGGAAGGCUGACAAGGAGUCGCGGCCCGAGAACGAGGAGGAGCGGCCAAAGCAGUACAGCUGGGAUCAGCGCGAGAAGGUUGAUCCAAAAGACUACAUGUUCAGUGGACUGAAGGAUGAAACAGUAGGUCGCUUACCUGGGACGGUAGCAGGACAACAGUUUCUCAUUCAAGACUGUGAGAACUGUAACAUCUAUAUUUUUGAUCACUCUGCUACAGUUACCAUUGAUGACUGUACUAACUGCAUAAUUUUUCUGGGACCCGUGAAAGGCAGCGUGUUUUUCCGGAAUUGCAGAGAUUGCAAGUGCACAUUAGCCUGCCAACAAUUUCGUGUGCGAGAUUGUAGAAAGCUGGAAGUCUUUUUGUGUUGUGCCACUCAACCCAUCAUUGAGUCUUCCUCAAAUAUCAAAUUUGGAUGUUUUCAAUGGUACUAUCCUGAAUUAGCUUUCCAGUUCAAAGAUGCAGGGCUAAGUAUCUUCAACAAUACAUGGAGUAACAUUCAUGACUUUACACCUGUGUCAGGAGAACUCAACUGGAGCCUUCUUCCAGAAGAUGCUGUGGUUCAGGACUAUGUUCCUAUACCUACUACUGAAGAGCUCAAAGCUGUUCGUGUUUCCACAGAAGCCAAUAGAAGCAUUGUUCCAAUAUCCCGGGGUCAGAGACAGAAGAGCAGCGAUGAAUCAUGCUUAGUGGUAUUAUUUGCUGGUGAUUACACUAUUGCAAAUGCCAGAAAACUAAUUGAUGAGAUGGUUGGUAAAGGCUUUUUCCUAGUUCAGACAAAGGAAGUGUCCAUGAAAGCUGAGGAUGCUCAAAGGGUUUUUCGGGAAAAAGCACCUGACUUCCUUCCUCUUCUGAACAAAGGUCCUGUUAUUGCCUUGGAGUUUAAUGGAGAUGGUGCUGUAGAAGGAUGUCAACUUAUUGUAAACGAGAUAUUCAAUGGGACCAAGAUGUUUGUAUCUGAAAGCAAGGAGACGGCAUCUGGAGAUGUAGACAGCUUCUACAACUUUGCUGAUAUACAGAUGGGAAUAUGAAGUGCAAUGUGGAACCAGGACUUGGUGGAGUUUCACUCGUUGCCCAAGCUGGAGUGCAAUGGCGCGAUCUCGGCUCACCACAACAUCCGCCUCCUGGGUUCAAGCGAUUGUCCUGCCUCAGCCUCCUGAGUAGCUGGGAAUACAGGCAUGCACCACUACACCUGGCUAAUUUUUGUAUUUUUAGUUGAGAUGGGGUUUUUCCACGUUGGUCAGGCUGGUCUCGAACUCCUGACCUCAGGUGAUCCGUCCACCUCAGCCUCCCAAAGAGCUGGGAUUAUAGGUGUGAGCUACUGCGCCUGGCCAUGAUGAUAUUAUUAAACACCAUUCUUCACAUUUCAAAUAAUAACAAUACUUUUUGUUUUUCAAAAAUAAAAUGCAAUGUUAUAUAAAGCUAUAAACUAAGUUCUUUAUGAUAUUUGAGCAACAACUCAGGAAUAUAACAUAUAAGGGAGAUGUUAAUUUAAAAAUUUCCACUACACUUAUUAUCUAUUAACCAAAGCUUAAAAUUUUGUAUUCUUCUGUUAGAUAAGACCUUUUACCCAUUUAAUUUGUCUUUAAGGACAGUCAUUUGGCUUCUGAAUGUUUGAAACGAUUUUAAAAAAUAAGUAGUGCUAUGGUGGUUGUUUCUAUAAUUCUAACCUUUGAUAGUAAUCAGAAUGUAUUACAUUUCAUUUCUGAAUAGCUUUUGAAUUUAUGAAAAAUUAUUAACAAUGAAAAAUUGGUAAUUUUAUUAAGUUAUAUGUGUUUAAAUAUUAUAUUAGCUUAUUUUUCUUGCAUUAAUAGUACUGCUGUUUUUGUUUUGCUUCUUUAUAUUUAUGUCUAGCUUUUAUAUGUAAUUUAUCUAGUGUUUAUAAAAUGUGAUUUGUAAUAAAUGUUGUUAAAAUGAAAA